UCAUAUAGUUUGGUUGAGAGUAGGGAGGCUUUACUUCGUGUUUUGGUUUUCAUGUAAACUUUGCUUGGAAGGGAUUAGUCCUACUUCACCAAUUACUUGCAGUUGGCAUGUAUCUGAGCGUAAGUGAUUAAAAUGUAUAAUUCAGUUGAAUAUAUCGGUCAAAUCCGAGAAAACUAACUGACAGCACCUUCUGUGGCCUUUUGAUGGCCAUCGACUUUGGCGCCAUGUCUUGGGACGUGCUGAUGCAGAAGCUGUCGUAGGUAGACUCCACGAACUGUCUCGAGCUAUGGGCUACUUGUUUAAACAGUGGGCUAGGCCUAGUUUACUUUCUCAUUUUCUCACUCCGUAUUAUUUACUUUCGGUAGAUAUGAAAUGUGUACCUAUGUUAACUGUAUGUGUCAGUGAGACUUCAUGUCUGGAAUAGAGAAGCACUAGGAUGGCCCCUGAUGCAGUGCAGACUGUGGGCUCAUGGCUGCGAAGCCACUGGCAUGUAUGUGUGCCUGAGGGCUGGCUGCAGGCAUGUGUGGAGUGGCUGCAGCAAGAGGCGGGUGGCCGACCUCUGACCCUACCACAACUGCAGCAGCUGGUGCUUGAGCAGUGGUUGCAGACGGACCUACGUAGCCUGGGCAUGUCGUCACUGCCUGCUGCUGUGAGCGAGGCGGAAAAGACACAUCUGCAGGGAAGCCUCUGCGUGCAGCUGGACUCGCUGCUGGACGUCAGCCAGCCGGCAUACACCCAGCUCCAGCGUCUCCGAGGGAGCGAACGCGACAACGACCUGAUUGGGGCUGCCACCCAGGUGACGCAGCGGCCGUGGGAGGCGGCCCCCUCGCGGAUGCUGAUGCUGCAGCUGACGGACGGCGUGCAGAGUGUGGAGGCCAUGGAGUACAGGCCUGUGCCGCAGCUAAACACCCGCUUGCCCGCGGGCACCAAGCUGCUCCUGCGUGGGCCCAUAACAUGCAGGUUGGGCGUUCUGCUGCUGGGGCCUCAGAACGUUCAGGUGCUUGGUGGAGAGGUGGAGGAACUCCUGCACACCAACACGCAGGCCCAUGUGUUAUGCCGAGCUCUGGGUCUGCCUGAGGAGGAGCCAGCGGAAGAGGAGGCUGAGGGGGUCCCCCCGGAGAGGGCCGAGGAGGCUGCGCCAGGAGCAGUGGAGGAUCUGGAUGACCUGGAGCUGAUGGCCAGUCUGGAGGCUGUGGAGGAGAGCAGCCUGGACAGUGGCUACAGGAGCGCCAGCAUGGUGUCCAGAGCCCCGAGCCGGCCGUCCCCUCAGCAGCACUUCCCUCUGGAGGACUCCGCCUGGGGGAGCCCUAGCUACGCGCCCGAGGAGGACUUCCCAGAUGAUGACAUUCCCCUGGAGGAGCUGGACAGUGUGCUCUCCCAGCAUAUGUCACAGGAGAUGGGACAGGGUGACGUCCUCCCCCAUCCAGAGCCCACCUCCACCAUCUCCCCACAGAUUUCUGUGCCAAGGCCGUUGGCAUACACCCGCAGCCCUGAACGGGAAUACUCCCCACAUCCUGCUGCAUCUGAGCGUGCUCAGCAGAGGAGACAUAGAGGGUCUGACACCGUGUCAGAGGUAGAGCAUGCUGUCGUGGCACGGGACAGCCCCCCCUUCUCGUACCUGUUGAACCUGGAAUUGGGCGUACCCAGGGAGAUCCGUGUCCAUGCCUUCGUGGUAACGCUGAAAGGCAACAUGCGCAGCGCCGGAGGCUCCUGGAGCCUGGACGUGUGCCUCUCCGACGGCUCGGCCUAUGUGGACGCCGAGCUGGGGGACGGCGUGCUGGCGGAGCUGAUCGGCUUCUCAGCGGCAGAGGCACGUGCCCUGAGACGAAACCCCGAGGGGCAGGCACAGGUCACCGCGGGCAUUCAGAGGUGCCAGCGGGCACUCGUGGACAUGUGUGGCAUCAUGACGCUGCGGACAGAGCCCCAGCGGGCACGCCCCCUGGUGCUUGAGGUGAGGUCGGCCACCCAGAGCGACUGUCUUGCCCUGCAGCAGCGAGUAGAGCUCAGGAGAGCUCAGUGCUAGCAGAGCAAAAGUGUGCUGACGGGCUGAAAUGUUUGCUUAUCACCUAAUGUUAAUUACAAGGAGAUAUGUCUCAAACCACUCCACCUACGCCAUAAAGAUGUCAAACCUGUUGAUGAAAAGCAUAUCCUGUCCCGAGAACUGAAUGGUGGAUGAUAUAUAGUCAUGUGACACUACAGGACUAGCCUGAACUUCAACUUGCUACAUGGGGUUACACAUUGAUGGGCUGUUUAUUAGUUGCAAUGCAGCAAGUAGUCUUUUGAGGUCAAGUGUCUACAGUUUCUUGGAUAAUUGUUUGGAUCUGAAUCUAUUGUAUUUUUUAAAUGUAUUAAACAGUUCAUGAAGUUUU